GGGCCGCGGCGCUCGGGAGCUCGCGUGGACGCCGCGGGCUGCGGGGUCGGCGGGACGGCGGCCCAGCAUGGCCGAGCCGGCCCCGCGCGCGGCCGAGCGCGACCUUUUCCGCGACACGUGGGUGCGAUACCUGGGCUACGCCAAUGAAGUGGGGGAGGCGUUCCGCUCCCUGGUGCCAGCAGCCGUGGUGUGGCUGAGUUACGGGGUGUCCAGCUCCUAUGUGCUGGCUGACGCCAUUGACAAGGGCAAGAAGGCAGGAGAGGUGCCAAGCCCUGAGGCAGGCCGGAGCACCCGGGUGACUGUGGCCGUGGUGGACACGCUCGUGUGGCAGGCUCUGGCCUCGGUGGCCCUCCCCGGCUUCACUAUCAACCGUGUAUGUGCUGCCUCUCUCUACCUCCUGGGCACUGCCACCCGCUGGCCCCUGGCGGUCCGUAAGUGGACCACAACCACGCUAGGGCUGUUAACCAUCCCCAUCAUCAUCCACCCCAUCGACAGGUCCGUGGACUUCCUCCUGGACUCCAGCCUGCGCAAGCUCUACCCCUCGGUGGAGAAGCCCAGCAGUUCCUGACCCCCUGGUGCCCGAUCUGUCGGUCGGCUCCCCCCACCCCUGUGUCAUCUUCCUCCUCCG